AUGCAAAAUAGAGAAUCUACUGAAUAUUAGAUUUUAAAAAAUUAAGUCCCUACCAAUAACCAAGAUCAAAAGGUCCCUUAUUUUUAACUUUUAAGGUUUGCCUCUAAAAAAGACAAACUACUAAUGAUAAUUGGUGGUCUCAUAGUCUUCCUCAAUGUGGCUGCAUUUCCAAGCUUAUUCUACCAUUUUAGGAGAUAUAACAGACUCAUUUUCAGAGGCAGGAGUAAACAUCUUAGUUACUGCUAGGUCUUUCAGGUGUUUCUAUUGCAACAGCAAUCUUUGCCGUUAUUGUUCAAACUUCAGCGAAUGCAACCUAAAAAAUCUAUUCGGAAGCAUGAGCAUUAGCUGAAUAAGCAAAUAAAUGCAAUUAAAACUAUUAUCAAAAUGCUUGAUGGAGAGGAUUUUGAGAUUGAAAAGUAAUAAAAAAAACCUUCUACAAGCAACUGCAACAACUAUUAUAUAUUAAUUUGGUGUCAGUAUAGCCUUCGGUUUUCUAUGGGCAUCAUUCAUGAGGGCUUACUCACUUUGAUUCUGCCAAACUAAUAUCUUAAUAAGUAAUGA